AUUUAAAGUUAAUAAGAGACCAAAUACCUACAAAAUGGAAGAAAUCUCGGCAUAUGACAACCGACCUGUAGCGAUUAGCACAUUUAAAGAUAUCCUCAUUAGUCCAAACAAUGAUGACGUCAUCAUUCCAAUCAGUACGACGUUCGACAAAGCCGUAUUACACAUUGGUAUAGGAAACGGAUGUGGAAUAUUUAUAGAGAAGUUUGGUGUGAAGGAUGGUAAGGAGUUGAAAACUUCAGUGAAAUAUGCCACCAGAAAGUUCACAGACGCUCGUCAGCAGAGGAAAAACAAAGGUAAAGACCUAAAAGCAAGUGAAAGUGAAGAUAUUGAGAAGAUUGUAGAUGAAAGUGGGGAAAAGUUUAUGAGAGACAUUCCAAGUAUGAAAGAGAUUAGUAGACUGAUGGCUAAGCUAUUCAACCAUCUUUUGGUUCAGGCACCAACGGAAAACAAAAGUGGUAUUGAUACAAUACCAGACACUAAACCUCUGAAAGAAAGCAAAUCUGUAGAUAUCGAAAGAGACAUUGGAGCCGCUGAUGAAAGUAUUCAAUCAAUAACUGGGACAGUUUUAUCAUCUGACAUUAAGAGAGACGUACAGGGAAAACCAAGACAUGAAAAAGAAAUUGCCGAAAAUACGACAUCAGGUUUUGAUUAUCAAACCUUGGUUGAGCCAAAUAUGAACAUCCAUUUGUACAAGCCUAAUGAAACACGUUUUGAAGCAGAGAGGACAACUUCAUUUGAAGCCAUUGAUAGAGCGUAUCAAGAGGAAAUGUUACAAAUUGCAAUUGAUAAAGAGGCAGGUGUCUAUACACCAAAUUUCAUUUGGCCAUCGACAGAAAAUGGAUCAGGAUUUCCACUUGCAGAUGAUAUGCAUGUAUAUCUGGAUGAAAUAUUUGUAAUCUCAAAACGAGUCUGUCAAAUGUUUGAUGAACAUGUGUCAGCAACUACAGAGAAGAACAGAAAAGACAAACAACAAGAGGAUGUAUCCGAAAGCGGUCCGACGAGUGCAGUUGUAUAUAUAAAUAAAGAUUACACAGUAGCAGAGAGAAAUUUGAUUGGAGACGUUCUAUACAAAGACAAAAGUGAUCCAAUUUCAUCUCAUACAAUUGCAGCCGAUAAGGACAGUGAUACUGUCGACCCGGAUACGUUUGAUGACAUUCUAAAUAUAGAGUCAGAUGGUUCAAAGAGUAUUGAUGUAGAUGCAGUUGACGAUAUGUCAGACAGUGACACACUAGAUGGUAUCACAGAUAUAGAAUCAGAUGAUGAAGUCGUAGAAAUUAUAGAAUCAGAUGACGAUAUUGUAGACAUCGAAGAAAUAUCCCUCCAAGAAGUUCACGAUGAAGUCGACUUAACAGCAGCUAGGGAUGACAUUGAUGAUACAUAUAUUACAAACAACGAUGUGAUUGACGAUGAUGACGACCUGUUUGGUAUCAUGGGCAUCUUCAGAAAGAGUGAUCUACACUUCGACUUACACAACAUGCCAGAAUCAGCCGAGCACUGUGACCAGAAGAAAGACUUUGGAUAUAAAUUCUUUUCAUUUUCGACAUUCUUCAAAUAAUACAAAAAAGACUGGAAAUUUGAUUUCAACUUUGUUAUUUUUAUUAAGCCAUAGAUUGUAUCUAAAUCAGUCACACUCUUACCUAAAUAACUAAAUAACCUAU